AUGGAACAAAAUACAAAACUUGCAAAGAAUGAUGAAGAAGUUCAGGCCGAUGCCAAUCAGUACCGUAGACUCGUGGGGAGACUCCUGUACCUGCAGGCGACUAGACCCGACAUCACCUACUCAGUCAACGUUCUUAGUCAAUUCGUUGGUGAUCCACGGGCAAAUCAUAUGGAAGCAGCCAUGAGGGUGUUACGAUAUUUGAAAGGGACGCCGGGUCAAGGCAUUCUCCUCUCUAAAGGGGGAGGGACAAAUUUAGUCGGGUAUACCGACUCGGAUUGGCUCGGCUGCCCCGACACGAGAAGAUCAAGGAGUGGUUAUUUGCUCUUUUUAGGCGGGUCACCGGUGUCGUGGAAAUCAAAGAAGCAAACGGUGGUGUCUCGCUCUUCGGCAGAGGCAAAAUACCGAGCCAUGGCAUCAACUGUUAGCGAGAUUCUCUGGCUUCGAUGGCUUAUGAAAGAACUAAAUGUUGAACAGAACAAUGCUACACAACUCUUCGGCAGAGGCAGAAUACCGAGCCAUGGCAUCAACUGUUAG